AUGGCCGAUUAUUGGAAGAGUAAUCCAAGGAAGUUUUGUGAAGUUUGCAAAUGCUGGAUGGCAGACAACAAAAUAAGCGUACAAAAUCAUGAGGGCGGUAUGCGACAUAAAUCAAAUGUUGCAAAAAAGAUGAACGAAUUGAUGCGAAGCAACAAGGAUACUGAAAAGAACGAAAAACAGCUGAAAGAAAGCAUACAGAAAAUAAACGAUGCAGCAUUUGUAGGCAUGAUGAAGGAUUUGCAGCGCGAUCCAACCUUGGCCAAGCGAUAUGGAGUAGUGCUUUGUAAUGAUACGACGGCGUCAGCUGACGAAGCAUCUAGCUCAAAAACCAAGCACUUACCAAGUGCACCAGAGAAAAGCAUUUCUCUCAAGCCAACUGUUUGCGAGUGGCAAGAGGCAACUGCACCUGACGGAAGAAAGUAUUACUGGAAUACAGUCACACGCGUUGCACAAUGGGAACGUCCUGCCUGUGAGGUUGCACCGGAGGUCAUGUCUGUGAAAGCUGAAAAAGACAGACUACAACACUUCGUCCUUAAUCGGCUCGUGGAGUUGAGCGAAUCUGGUUCCAGAUGUGCUACUGAAGCUGUUCAUGAAGCGUUUAACGCCCCUAUGCCUGAUUCCACAGAGGAAAGCACAGACAUAUGCAGUUACUCAUCCAUAACGGAGAACACUAACGUCUAUAAACCAGAGCAAAAGUCGGUUCCACAUUCUUCUCACGGUCCUAGAAUUGAUCUUUUAGGACCAUGGACUCCAGUGGAAGAUGAACCGCCGGUAAAGCUACCCAAGCUGGACCUCCCUGGAAAUCGAUCCACUGCUCUUGAUGAUUCACACAAAAGAAAACUUCUGUGUUCUGCUACAGAUGAUCGACCAGAUGAAAAACUGGAUUCGAAGCAGGCAAUCCUGAACCACCUAGAGGCGACCACAGAGGAGAGCAUACAAAGCGCCCGGCUUCUCGAGAUCAAGGAAAAAUCCGUGACUCCCGGAUCGUUAUCCUCGGCGCGUAGUAGCACAGAGCCAAUUGACGGGGGGGAGCAACCUAGUCGAAAUGCACCCCGUUUAGUCUUCCGUCGAGGGCUGUCCUCUAUUUCAACCCGUAGUUUUCGAACAGCUACAUCCGAUGAAUAG